AUGGAAGAAACAACACCACCACAUGUAUCCAGGCAAUAUUUAGUUGUCAAUGAAGAAAAUAGUGGAUCUAGUAAUAGUGUUGCUAAAAAAAGUCAGACUGAUAAACAAGAAAAUAAAUCUGUUAGUAUGUCUGAAUGGGUUACUGUUUGGAUUUUAUGUUUUGUUAAUCUUAUUAAUUAUAUGGACAGAACUACUAUUGCAGGUGUACUACCAGAGAUACAAGAACAAUUUAAAAUAAAAAAUGGCUCAUCUGGAUUAUUACAAACAGCAUUUAUUGUCAGCUACAUGAUAUUUGCUCCAUUAUUCGGUUAUCUUGGUGACAGGUAUAACAGAAAAAUAAUAAUGAGUAUUGGAGUAUUUAUUUGGUGCCUAACAACACUCCUCGGGUCUUACAUGAAGACUUUUGAAACAUUCAUUCUCUUCAGAAUGUGUGUCGGAAUUGGCGAAGCUAGUUAUUCAACAAUAGCACCUACGAUAAUAAGUGACUUAUUUGUAAAAGACACUAGAUCUAAAAUGUUAGCGUUGUUUUACUUCGCUAUUCCUGUAGGAAGCGGGUUGGGGUAUAUUACCAGCGGUAAAAUAGCCCAAGCGACUGGCAAAUGGUACUGGGGAUUAAGGAUAACUCCUGGGCUAGGAAUUCUAGCGAUCCUUUUAAUUUUGCUGUUCGUUAGAGACCCUGCCAGGGGAGAAAAAGAAGGUGGUUCUCAUAUUUCAAGCACUUCGUGUGUAUCAUUUAUCUUCGGAGUGAUAGCAAUGUUAGCAGGUCUUCUGGGAGUCCCAUUAGGUUCAGUAUUGGCUCAGAAACUCAGAGUGCGGUAUCACCAAGCAGAUCCUCUUAUCUGCGCGGUUGGAUUGCUUAUAAGUGUUCCAUUAAUAUUCUUCGCAGUAAUAACAGCAAAUACCAAUGCUACUUUAUGCUAUAUUCUUAUCUUCUUCGGGCAAUUAGCUCUUAACCUUACUUGGUCUAUUGUUGCUGAUAUUUUAUUGUAUGUAGUAAUACCAACAAGAAGAUCAACAGCCGAAGCGUUUCAAAUUCUUGUCGCUCAUGCGCUUGGUGAUGCCGGUAGUCCUUACAUCAUCGGAUUGAUGUCGGAAGGAUUAAAACCAGCACUAACACCACUAGGGCCUUUUGAUGACUUCGCCGUAUUGACGGAGUUCCGCUGCCUUCAGUAUUCAUUGUUCGUAACAAUCUUCCUCGAAGUCAUAGGAGGUUUCUUCUUCCUACUUACUGCGCUCUUUAUCGAGAAAGACAAAGCUGUCGUCGAUCUCACGAUGGCGGAUAAAAAUGAAGCUGAGUCAAUGUUAGUAGACAAUGAAGACAAUGAAAGAUAA